UUCAUAAAUUUUUACAAUUAUCAUCAAUCUUGACUUUGCAGUUGGUCCUUCUAGCAGAAACCGCUCAGUCAUGCCUCCAUGGCAAAACUCAUGCCAAUGAAUGUAAACCUGCAUCACAACAUGACAAAGAACAGCCACACCUACAGUAUACCCAUACUGCUGUACUUCUUUCAACACCACAUAGUCUUGUUUUUCAGUGUGUUUUCUUGCUAGAGGGCCGUGUCAGUAGCACAGAAUAUAUAUUUGCUGAACAUUGCCUUUAUGUGGUUAGGACUGCUAUAAGAGUAAGGAAACAAAUCAGUCAUUUUUAAGAGAUUUGCAACUUCAUGUUGUUCUAAGCCCCGGACGGUGUCACAUCAUGCCUACCCAAGGCCACAAAAGAGGGUCUGAUGACCCCUCUACUUCAAAUGAUCAGGGCAGGGAAGGUAAUAAACGCCUUUGUGCCAUAGCAAAGGGAACUGCAGCAACACCUACCCUCGAGAUGGAUGUCAUCAAAGUGGCCAAAGAGGGCCUUGGAAAAGUCCUUAGCAGACUAGACAAGGUGUCACCUCCAUAUGCAAACAUGGAUUUCAUUGGUUAUUUAAGGAACAAAAUCUCAGCUUUGGAGGCUAUCAUUGACGACAAAGUUGUUGUUGGUGUAUUUGGGAGGUCAGGAGCUGGUAAGAGCUCACUGAUGAAUGCCAUUUUGGGGGUGAAGACCUUGCUGCCCUCAGGGACUGUUGGCGCAUGCACAUCAGUCAUCAUCCAGGUGGAGGCCAAUAUGACUGACUCCAACUACGUGGCAGAGAUUGACUUCAUUUCUAAAGAGGAAUGGGAGAAGGAGCUGGAAUCACUUUUGAAAAUCAAAGAAAUGGAUGGUGAGGAGAAAGAUAAAAGGAUGGUGAAUAUGGCGAACAGUAAAAUCCAGGCAUUGUACGGAGAAGAUGCAGUCGGGAAAAGCUUUGAUGAACUGAAGUCACUGGAGUCAGAGACAUUCAGCGACAUCCCAGAGUUUCUCUCAUCAACUAGGAAAAUCCUGUCAUUUGACACAGCCACAAAGUUCUCUACAGAGAUCGCCUGCUACAUACGAAGCAAAAGAAAGAUACAUAGGAAUCAAUCUAAAUCAUCUCAGAUACACUACUGGCCACUUGUGAAGUAUGUGACCAUCAAGAUGCCAAACUCCAAGGAUCUUCUGGAACACAUUGUGCUGGUGGAUCUUCCAGGAACUGGAGACUGCAACAAGGCCAGAGAUGAGAUGUGGGAAUCGUACAUUACUAAGUGCUCCUCUGUGUGGGUCGUGGCUGACAUUGACCGGGCCGCGGCGGACAGUGAUGCAUGGAAUAUACUGGACAACAGCAUCAGUAAUAUGGGUCCUGGUGGACAGUGUCAGAACAUCACCUUCAUCUGUACUAAGACAGACAUCAUCAACCCAGACAAUUAUAUGGGUGAAUUGGACGAUGAAGACCUUCACAUAGAGGACUCUUCUAACUAUUCAGAGGAGCAGAAACGUGCAUGCAUAUUGCACCGAAAUCAACAAGCCAAGAUGGAAAUUCAAGAGAAUUACAGCAACCCGUAUGAAGCUAUUGAUGAAAUGCAGGUGUUUACAGUUAGUUCUCAAGAAUUCCAGAAGGAUAAUAACUGCAUUCUGAGACAAGAAGAGACAGGUAUGAUCACUUGCGUUAUUGUGCAACAAAACCUCCAAUAGGAAUAGGUGCAAACAGAUUGUUAGGUACUGUAUAAUGAACGUGUAUUAGGGUAAGUGUUAGGGUAUGGCAGAGG